AUGACAAUGGCGUCGCCGUCUUCGGGUAACCUGAACUCGUGUGGAUCCAAAUGGAAAGUCUCACCCUCAUCUGUGAACUCGUCACUCCCAAUGAUGUGGUGCUUUGGAAUCUCAAUAUCAGCUUGUUGCAACCGCUCGUUUUCUUCUUUCCGUAUCCGUUCUUUUUCUUCUUGUUCCCUUUGUUUCCUCUCCUUCUCUGCUUGCUCUGCUUGCUCUGCUUGCUCUGCCUUUUUCUUCUCAUCGGCUUCCUUGUUCAAACGUUCCUCCUCUCUCAAACGUUCCUCCUCUCUCAAACGUUCCUCCUCUCUCAAACGUUCCUCCUUGAGACGUUCUUCCUCCUCCUUCUUCUUCUUCAGAGCUUCUUCCUCUUUUUCCUUCAUCAACUUGUCCUCCUGUUCAAAGUGUAUCUCAUCCACCCCCUUGGACCCGCUUUUCACCGUACCCCCUGCUGUAAUAGUCACUUCCUUCUCAUCGCCUGAUAUAAACGGCGACUCUUGGCCGAGUAAGAAACGACUGUCAUUCUCGGUGUGGAAUACAAACGAUAUCCCAAUCAGUACCAACACCAACACCGCCAAAAUAAAACACCUCGUUAAAAUCGACUUCUUAAACAUUCCGAUGCCACCUACAGGAAUACGGUACGUGUAUCACUUGUGCCUUACUAUUAUUGCAGAUAUCUACAACCUCCAAUGA